AUGAGUGUUCAAGAAUUCAAAACGAUGCUCAAAGAAGAUACAUCGAAUCUCAUUGUUGUAUUGUUCACAAGGGAUGAAGAUAAGGAUGAUGACUUUAACAAAUACUUUGAAGAAUUAAAGAAGAAAAACAAUUACAAGUUUACAGUGUUUUAUGUACUUUAUGUACAGGAUGCUGCUGAAAUCUUUAAACAAUACGGCAUUACAGGAGUUCCAACAAUGAUUGGCUUCUUUAAACGAAAUAAAGUCGGAAGAAUUGAAGGUGGAGAUAAAGAUAAACUUGCCGAACUCAUUAAAAACAAUGAGCCACAACUAUAUAAAGGCAAGGCUCGCGUUAUUACUGAUGAUGGCAAAGAUGAUAGUGAAUAUCUUGAUAAAUUAAGACGUCUUGCUGAACAACAAGCCGCACAAAGACCACCAGCGCCAAAACCAUCCCCUAAAAAGCAAGCACAGCCUAAGUAUACUCCUCCUGCUUCUCCAGUUAAAAAAUCAAAUCCAAAAUGGGAUGAAACAAUAAGAAAUAACAUGCGUGGUGACCUUCUUGCAUUAGAGUCACUUGAUACAGAAGAGGAAAUCGACAAAUUACUUGAUUAUCUCGAAGCAAUCGGAAAAGCAAAUAUAAGUUUCGAUGAUGUUCAAGUUUAUUGCAUGGAUAUACGCGAUGGUAAAUUUACAAUACCAGACAAGAUCCCAGAACCUCAAAAUACUGAACAAGAACAAGAAUUUUCGAUCAAAAAGGAAUUGACUCGGAAACAGAAAGAAUUUGUCGAAUUCUACAAAGCGAUUGAUGUUGAUGAAAGCACUGCAUACAAUAUCGCAAAGGAUUUAGAAGAUAAUACAAGUGAAGACAGGUUGAUUGAGAAAUUAGGCGAAUUCAACGAUUAUUGUGAUAUUAUUCAGAACAAAUCAAUCGAAUUAUACGAUGGUUUCAUUUUACUUUGCGAAUAUUUCGAUAUUUCUACAUCAUUUAACGAAAUCAACGAAGGAAACCACAAAAACAUUGAUUCCGUUAAAGAAUACAUCAAAGAGUACAUCAAUAACCAGAAGAAUAAGUUCUUUGCAUCACAGAAAGUGAAACAACUCCUUAAUUCACCACGAUCUUCAUCAAUUUCACCAUUUGAUUAUGGAAAUGACAAAGAAGAAGAAGAACGAAUCAGAUGGGAGCGAGAAUUCGCAAUUCGAGAAGCAAAGAAGAAGCGUGAACAGCGUGAUGAAGAGAUCAGACACAAACUUGAGAUCGCAGAGAAAAUCAAACAACAGCGAGAAUCAAACAAAAGAAUUGAAGAACAAGAAAAGCGACAAAAACAAGAGAAUUCAUUAACAGCACAACAACUUUUGAACAAAGCACAACAGACGACAUCCAGUGGUUCUAAGUGCAAAGUCGCAUUGUUUGGAGAUGGUCAGACAUUCACAUAUUUGAUGGUUACAGGUGACACAGUUGAAUCUCUCUUCGCAAAGUUAUUUAACGAUUUCCCAGAAGCGAAAGAUAAAAACAUUGUUUUGUUGCAAGAUAAAACAUGCGAAGUUGUCGAAUACAAACUAACAAACACACUAUCAGAAAUCGGAGUGAAAGGUUUCACAAAGUUCAAAAUACAAGUCAAAGAAAAAGAUUCUCCACUCACACAAUCUCCAAAUGAAUAA